UGCAUGUGUGAAAGGAGGGCCUACAUGCUCUCUCCGAGCUCCUCUCCACCCAUGAAGGGCAGACACACACACACACACACACACACACACAUGCAUUGAUACACAGUGAUUGUGUAACGGGGUUUCGCAGCAAAGACAGGGGAGCCUCCUGUUGUAGAGGACUGGGAGACUCAGCUCUCUGAUUUCAGCAGGAUGAACAGCAGAGGAGUCUGGAGAAGAUGACACAGAAUGGCAGUCUCUCCCUCUCUCUGCACUGGCAGAUAUCCAACAUAAUCCCAGAGUUCAUCUGAUGGGAUUUAGUCUCCGAGGAUUUACAGUCCGUUCCUCUGUAAGGCCACCUGCACAGUUGUAUUGCUGUUUGGUGCACAAAGGCAUCAUGGGAAACAUAGUCCAGUGCUGUCACACACUGUCAAACUACUUCAAAUGUCAGGAUACACUGGCCCAGGGUGAUGCGGAAAGAUCCCCUCUGCUUUCCAGCGAAGACAGUGAAUGUGAAUCGCUGAGCCUGCCGGAUGACUUCGAGGACGAUCUGUUAACCGUCUCCACCGGCGUGACAAACCCAGCCCUCGAACCAGAGCACUUCCUGUUUCCUGACAUCAUCCUAAGCAGCAACCUGGGAGGGGACAUGACUCUGGUGGAGCCAAUGGUUUGUCUGUUGGUGUCUGAGGAGGAAGAAGGAGUGAGGACGGAUGAGCCAGGAUAUGAAGGACAAGAGUUUUUCAACAGGUGGAGAAACAGGGGGUUUUCUGAGGUUGAGACUCAGACCGAAGUGGAGACACAUAUCGGUAUGGGGGUGCAGACUCAGACAGAGUCUCAGGAGGAAGUUCAGGCACAAACAGAAAUCCUUGAGUGCAAUAAUGACACUGUGGAGAGAGAAGUAAUAAAGGAGAUGGUCAUGGAAGAACAUGAAAUACUGAGUGAUGUGCUCGUGGAGGCACAAACACCACGAGAGAAACCUUCUGAAAUGUUCACUACAAUGGUGUCAGAGACACAAGAGCAAAGGAUGGACAUUGGCACCUGUGCUGACAUGGAAGUUUUUGUUGAGGUGCCAGGGAAAGAGAAACACAAUCUGACCUUCUGCGAUGUAGACAAGGAAGGAGAACAGGAAGAGACUCACAUCCAUGAGGAACUGUCCACCACUUUAACAAAACAUAAGUUUGAAACAGAUACAAAGCUAAUAGAGGAGCUAAACACUGAUGAAGAGAAUGUCUUUAAGUUGCAACAGGAUACUGUUGCUGCUCAGGAAAUUACAAACGUUGCCUGGACAGAGCCGACACAGGAGAAUGUUGAGAACAAAGAUCAAGACAUUGAAUCAGAGUGCAUGUCAGUGAUACUGACAGAACACAACAACUAUAUGGAUGAGAGGAUUGAGUCACAGGAGGAUGUUCAUCCAACUAAAAAUGGCAAAAGGACUGAAAUUACAGAGAACUUUGACCCUGCUGAGAGUCGUGUAGAGCUGACACAAAAGAGCGAUCAGGAUGAUGAACAGACGGGACAGGCCUCUGUGGUGUCUGAUCAGAAUGUAAAUAAAACGGGCUGUGACAUUAUCCAGACAAAAACAAACCACACACAUGAGUUAGAUUUAAAUGCUGAUCAUAUUCAACGCCUGGACCCAGCAAAGAGUGAAGAGGACGACAACAAGACAGCUCUGCCACAUGUGGAGGAGGAAGAGGCUGCGAGGAAGCAACCCUUGUUUUUAGUUGACCGGCUGUUUCUGGCAGCACCACAUAUCAAAGUGCCUCCCAGUCAAACUGAAGAAAGCCCUGAGGAUGAUGGUCCACAGCAGUCUGAUGCUGAUAAAAGGACACUCAGCAUCAGUGACGUAGUUGAUCUCCAAGACACAGACUUUACUGUCCGAAUUCAACCCCCUGGAACAGAAAGCUUUGAGCUUCAGGUGUCAGGCCAGAUGAUAGUGACGGAGCUGCAUCAGGUGCUGAUGGAGCACGAGGUCACCUGCCACCGCACAAGCUUCUCCCUCCAGCUGGGAGGUACCGCGCUCAGCGGCCAAUCAGAGCUACGCUCCAUCCAGGGCAUCCGGGGCGGAGCGCUGAUCAAGGUGGUGGAGGAUUCUUACACAGUACGUGAUGCUCGUCUUCAUCUCAGACAUGUUCGUGAUCUUCUGGGGAGCCUUGAUCCCGCAGAUGCAUACAACGGAGUGAACUGCAGCUCACUCUCUUACCUCACCCUUUGCACCACAGACAGUGACAGUGUGGGGAACAGGCGAGCUUCUGAAAAAGGGUUGGUUGACUGCAGCCCUCCAGAAUACAUCCUCCCUGGAUGUAAGGACCGACCACUUACUCCUCUGCUGCCACUCAGAGAUGACUGGAAGCCAUUACAGUGCCUGCGGGUUCUGACCAUGAGCAGCUGGAACCCUCCUCCAGGAAACAGGAAGAUGCAUGGGGAUUUGAUGUACCUCAAUGUCUUGACUAUGGAAGACAGAGAACUCAACAUUACGUCCUCUACACGCGGUUUCUACCUCAACCAGUCAACUGCCUUCGACUUCAACCCUAAACCUGCAGUUCCCAAAAUCCUUUGCCACUCUCUAGUCGAGCUGCUGAGUCAAGUCAGCCUUGCUUUCAGGAAAACCUUCAGUGCUCUGCAGAAGAAGAGAGUCCAGCAACACCCUUAUGAGCGGCUCGCAGCACCUUUCCAAGUGUUCACCUGGAUCGCCUCGUUGAGAGAUCACACCCUCGACUGUGUCAGAGCAGAAGAGACACACACCAGUCGCAUGGGCCAGGACGAGCACACAGCUGGGCAGAGUCGGGACUGGAAUGAGGAGCUGCAAAGAUGCAGGGAACUCACCAGGAACUCCCUUCAAGAGCGCCUGCACAGAGAGAGGAGCAUAUUCAAGACCAACAGUGACUUUGUUGCAGCUGCAACACGAGGUGCUCUCGCUGUUAUCGACGGUAAUGUCAUGCCGUUAAACCCAGGGGAGGCACCUCACAUGCAGAUGUUCAUCUGGAACAACCUGUUCUUCAGCCUGGGGUUCGACAUAUCGGAGCACUACCUCCCACUAGGGGGCAACACUGCUGCUCAUGCUGCUGCCGUCUGCGACCUGAGAGGAGCACAGGCAUACGCAUCUGUGGACGUAGAGGGGCUUCACACACUUGGAACAGUUGUGGUGGAUUAUCGUGGCAUCCGUGUUAUCGCUCAGACCAUCGUACCUGGGAUACUGGAGAAAAAUCAGGAGCAGGAGAGUGUAGUCUAUGGCUCUAAUGACUAUGGAAAAACAGUUUUUACACACCCGAGGUUUCUGGAGCUUCUGGAUAAAACCAGUAAACCGUUGAGAAUCCAACGACACCAGGUGCUCGACCACAGCAACAGCCCUGUGGAGCUUUGCUCUGGCAUCGAGACCAAAGGCAUCCUGGGUAAUGAUGGAAGACCCUAUCUUUUGGACCUUCUACGAACCUUCCCCCCCGACCUUAACUUCCAGUUCUCAGAGACAGAGGAGAGAGGGGAGGUGCCCAAUGAGUGUCAGAGCUUUGGUUACCCACGGCAGCAUCAUCACAGCCUGGCCAGCCUGAGACCAGAGCUGACAGAGGCCUUCGUCCAGCACAGGUAUGAACUUUAUGUCAAGAUGGUGUCCCAGGGCCUCAUCCAGCAGGAAGAACAAAAUAAAGCCACGGAGCAGAGUGAAGAAUCGGUCUGUGAGCCGAGAACAGGAGAUUCAGCCACAGCCGCUGCUGACAUGGAACUUCAGAGAAGGAAUGUGAUUAUGAAAGCUUGUGAGGCUGUUGGAUCAGUGAGCGACUCCUGCUUUGACAUCCGUUUCAACCCUGAUGUUUGCUCGCCAGGCGUUCGUUUCCCCUCUGAGUGUGUUGAAGAGGUUCAGAGGCAGAGACGGCUGUUAUGGGACGCGACUGCUUUUCUACUGUCCAAUCAGAUUCCAGCAGUGCUGAGGGACUGUCUCGACCACACAGCAGUGCCGAUGGAUGGAGCGACCCUGACCUCAGUGCUACACCAGCGGGGUGUGAACGUGCGAUAUCUGGGCACCUUGCUGAGGGAGCUGGACAGGGGGGAGGAGAGAGGGAGACUCAGCCACAUACAAAGAAUAUCUAUCAGUGAAGUCAUCAUCAGAAGUGCAAAACACAUCUUCAGGAACUAUCUACAGGAUGUGGAACCUGCAGCUUUCUCCGCUGCUGUCAGUCACUUCCUAAACUGCCUCCUGAGCUCCUCCUCCUGUGUCCCUGACUCCUGCUCAGAUGAGCUGCUCUCUCGACGCAGAAGCCGACGGAGACGGAGCCACGGGAGUCGAGUCGCCUUGUUGAAAGACAGCGUGUGGGCUAGGCUGACCCCCAGUGAGCUGUGGGGCCGGAUCAGGACUGAGGCUGGAGAUUAUUACCACUACACGAUAGACAGUGAAAGCUUAGAUGACGUAAUAGAAAAGCACAGUCUUCAGAGGAUCUCCCUCCUGAGAGAGAUUGCCAUCAAGACGGGCAUCCAGGUGCAGCUAAGGGAGUAUGUGUUUGAGUCUCGACACAGGCCAGUGUUUGGUGAGGAAGAUGUCGUCAACAUGUUCCCUGUGGUCAAACAUCUCAAACCCACAGCAACGGAUGCCACACAGCUUGUGCAACACGCACAGGUGGCAGUACAGCAGGGGCUUCUCAAAGAUGGCUAUGAAUUGAUUAGCCAGGCCCUGACUCUGUUCAGCAGCGUAUGUGGGGUCCUGCAUGAGGACGUGAGCAUGUGCCUGCGUCUCCUGGGACGGAUCUGCUACAUCCUGGGAGAAUACGCAGAUGCCCUCAGCCACCAGGAAAAGGUUGUUUUGAGUAGUGAGAGAAUACAAGGUAUAGACCAUCCACAGACCAUCCAAGACUAUAAUGACCUGGCCCUGUACUGCUUUGCCGGAGGCCAGCUCCCGAUCUCCCUACGGCUGCUGUAUCGCGCUCGGUACCUCACCCUGCUUGUGAGUGGAGAAGACCAUCCACAAGUCACCCUGCUGGAUAGUAUGCUGGGUCUAGUACUUCAUGGACUGAUGGAGUAUGAGCUUUCCUUGAAGUUCCUACAGAAUGCCUUAUGUUCAACCUCAAAAUACCACGGUGCCUCGUCCCUGAAGCACGCUCAAAGUCAUCAUCUGCUCGCCACUGUGUUCGAGAGUAAAGGAGAGUUUCGAUCGGCUCUGCAACACGAGAAAGAGGCUUAUACGAUAUACAAGACCCAGGUUGGAGAGAACCAUGACAGGACGAAGGAAAGCUCAGAGUACCUGAACAGCCUGACCCAGCAGGCUGUGAUCCUUCAGAAAGUCAUCAACCAUAUCUACAGUAACACACCUGGUGCCUGUAUUUCACCUCCAAAGUUUUCCACACCAAGCCUUCCCACAAUCCUUCAGCAGCUCAACCUGACAUGUGGAAUCAUUUCCAUUCCCCUCAGUAAAAAAGAAAUUGCAGACCUGAGGACUGAAUUGAAAGGAAAGGAAAAGAUUCAAGUGGAAGAUCUGGAAAAAAAAGCUUAAGAACUGCAGACAACAACAUUAAACUAUGGACCAAAGGGACAUUUACAAUAGAACAUUUGUAUAGUCAGUCAGACUCCUGAAAAUGACCGUGAAUAUGAAAAGCAUUGCAAAUGAAAUCCUGGAAAAUUGCUGGUGUUAACAAGUAGGUUAGCUUACUUUGACCAAACUAUAUCCAAGUAGCAGACAGGUGGAGCCGUCUCCUUUUGGAAGAAGAUGUUGUUCUGCUGUUGUCUGUGGAGGUUGGACAUUGAAGAGAGCCUCAUCUAAUGACAUUGCGUUUGUUGAAUGGGAUCCAUGAAUGAACUCUUCAGGCUGUACCUUUGAUGGCAAAUGCGUAUAACUCUCCUCCUUUGCGUCAGAUAAAUGUAUAAACCCUGCAGUAAAUAAAAUGUAACUGUUAGAUGAAUGGAAAAGCACAGUAUGUUAAGGCCUUCUUCUACUGAUGACAAAAAAUGAUAGCAACAGUGUACUAAAAUAUUUUUAAAUGACGUGACUAGCAGUCCUAUGUGUGUCCACUAGGUUUCACACUUGUGCCCUGAACACUUCUCAGAACAUGAUAUCCCUUGAUAUUAAAAUAAUCUCUGAUUGUUUUGGAUGUGUAUUAGCUGUCCAUUAUCAUUUCAUCCACAUUGUUGUAAUUAAUAUCCAGGUGACUCUGUAUAAUUAAUAAACAUCUGAACAUCU